AUGUUCCAUGGAUUGCCAAGUGAAGACCCCAUUGACCACCUUGAUGAGUUUGAUAGGCUUUGUGAUUUGACAAAGAUCAAUGGUGUCUCUGAAGAUGCCAUCAAGCUGAGACUCUUUCCUAUGUCUCUAGCUGACAAAGCUCACCAAUGGGAGAAGAGCUUGCCCCAUGGCACAAUCACCACUUGGGAUGAAUGCAAGAAGGCCUUUCUUGCUAAGUUUUUCUCCACCGGUCGCACAGCCAAGCUUAGAGGAGAGAUAUCCAGCUUCAUCCAGCGAAACAAUGAGACAUUCGCAGAGGCUUGGGAGAGGUUCAAAGGGCUACACAAGUAUAGGGAGAUGCUAGACACAGCUAGCAAUGGGAACUUCCUCAACCAGGAUGUAGAUGAUGGCUGGCAACUUGUGGAGAACAUAGCAACUCAAAUGGAAGCUAUGGAGAAGAGUAUGAUCGCACCAAUCGGAGCUUGA